AUGGCAGAAGAGACAGUCGAUUUCAAGCUUUACCGCUACAAUCCUUCGAUGGCAGCGGCCGUCAUCUUUAUCAUCCUAUUCUUCCUCGUCACAACGUUGCACUUUUAUCAAAUGAUGCGAACCCGGACUUGGAUUUCCAUUCCUUUCGUUCUUGGCGGCAUUUUCGGUCGCAGUCUACUCACUCUCGACUAUCCUCCUUCUGGUUGCGCCCCCGCCCUAUUCGCGGCAAGCAUCUACAUGAUGCUUGGCCGCAUCAUCUUGGUGACCGACGGCGAGUCACAUUCACUCAUACCCAAGAAAUGGCUCACAAAGUUACUCGGAGCCGGUGGGGGUAUAAUGGCAAGUGGCUCCAUUGAAUCUAUACAUACUAGAGAGAAGAUUAUCAAUGCUGGCCUAGUAGUGCAGCAUCUCUUUUUCAGCUUCUUCAUCACUGCCUGUGUCAUCUUCCAUGCCCGUCUUGUCCAGCAGCCGACGUCACAAGUAUAUUCCCAGUCGUUGCCAUGGGAAAGACAGCUGUAUGCACUCUACGUAGCCAGCUUAUUGAUUCUUGUGCGGUGCAUCUUCCGACUGACUGAGUAUGCACAGGGUAACUCAGGGUAUCUCAUAUCCCACGAGGUCUUCCUUUACGUAUUCGAUGCUGUGCUCAUAUUCGCUACGAUGGUUUGGAUGGCUUGGGUUCAUCCAAGUGACAUUGCAGCGCUGCUGAGCAAGGGUCAAGGGAGGGCGGUGCGGCGAGUAGUAUCGGUUUAUUCCCUGCACUGA